AUGCUAUACCUCGAUCAGCCAGUGCAAGUAGGACUGAGCUACGAUACGCUACAGCACGUCACGACCAACCUUCUUACCGGCGAGAUCGAGAUGCUCAACGACACAGAUCCGGUGCCAGAGCAGAACGCCACGUUUCUGGUCGGGGUAUAUCCCAGCGGCGACAGCAAUAACACUUCCCUCGGCACGGAGAACGCUGCAAUCGCUCUGUGGCACUUCGCUCAGUCGUGGUUCCAAGAGUUCCCACAGUAUCACCCCAACGAUGGCCGCAUCAGCAUUGCGACUGAGAGCUACGGCGGCCGCUAUGGGCCAGGCUUCACGUCUUUCUUCGAACAGCAAAAUAUGCGUAUUCAGAAUGGCUCUUUCACCGAUGACGACGGCGAGAUGUACGUUCUCAACCUCGACACUCUCAUGAUCAUCAACGGCUGUAUCGAUCGACCGACGCAAUGGUUCGCCUAUCCUCAGAUUGCUUUUAAUAAUACCUACGGCAUCGAAGCGGUGAAUGCUACAAUCCACGAACAGAUGCUGGACGCUCUCUACAAAUCAGGCGGCUGCCUCGACCAGAUCGCAGACUGCCGUGCUCUCAUCCCAGAGGGCGACCCAGACAAUCUCGGCACCAACGAUACUGUCAACCAAGUCUGUGCAGACGCAGAGAACUACUGCUCUGACAACGUACGAGGGCCUUACCUUGAGUACUCUGGCCGCAACUACUAUGACAUGGCGACUUUCGAUCCCGAUCCCUUCCCAGCUCCAUUCUAUCAAGGCUAUCUCAACCAGCCGCAUGUACAAGCAGCUCUCGGAGUGCCACUAAACUGGACGCAGUCUUCGGGUGCAGUUAGCGAAGCUUUCCGUAGCAUCGGAGACUACGUAAGACCAGGCUGGAUCGAAGAUUUAGCAUAUCUUCUCGACAAUGGCAUCAAAGUCACGCUUGCGUACGGCGAUCGGGACUACGCUUGCAACUGGAUUGGAGGCGAAGCUGUCUCGCUAGCCAUCAACUACUCGAGCACUGCCGACUUCCAUGCGGCUGGCUACGCACCAAUUCAGACCAACUCAUCUUAUGAAGGCGGCCAGGUUCGUCAGUAUGGUAACUUGAGCUUUUCGAGAGUGUAUGAGGCCGGCCAUGAAAUCCCAUCGUACCAACCCGAGACGGCGUACCGCAUCUUCACUCGCGCUUUGUUCAACAAGGACAUCGCCACCGGCACGGAACCGACAUACUCCGACGGAGCUGCCUAUCAGUCUUCUGGGCUAUCAGACACGUGGAGCAUUAAGAACGAGCUACCUGCCCAGCCACUACAUUUUUGCUACGUGCUGGACCCUGGAGCGACGUGCUCGGAGGACCAGAUCGAGGCGGUCCUGAACGGCUCGGCUCUGAUCGAUCAUUACAUUGUGGUUGACCAGAACUCAACACAGCUCUUCCCGGGCUUGCUCAGCGGUACGGGAACGAGCAGUGGCAAUACCUCGUACAGCGCGGUGCCUUCUGCUUCUGCUUCUGUGGUGCCUGCUACUGGCGACGGUAGCUUUGCGAAGCCGUCCGCGAUCCUUUCACUCUUUGCAGCCAUAGUGGUCGCGGCGCUGAGCUUGUAA